AUAAUACGCAUAAUUUUUGGCAGUUAACCAAUAAAACCAUAUUUAAGUAAAAAUCUUUCAAAAAAUCAUUUUCAAGGUAAAUUUCAGAGUAGUGUAAUAAACAAAUUAUAGUAAUUAUUUAAGCAAGUCAUUAUACAGAAAAAUCUGUUUUGUUUAGUUCAUAUUCAUGUGGAGAGAUAACAAAUUGUAUAUUGAACGAUACAUAAUAAGUGGAAUUAUAAUUAUAAAAUAUGACUGAAGAAGAAAAUAGUAAAGAUUCUUAUUCGUGGAAUAAGUUUUCAGAGAAGAAAAUAGUGACUCUUGAGAAGAAAAUACUUGAAGUUGUUAAAACAGCAUACAAGGGAUGGUUUGUAAACGUAGGAAAAAGUAUAGAAAAGGAAGAAAAAAUAUGGACAGUUGCUUUUAAUUCAAAAUCAAAAAACACCCCUUUGGUUUUGUUACAUGGAUUUGGGGCUGGAGUUGGUUUCUGGUGUUUAAAUUUUGAUGCCUUUGCUAAAGAUAGGCCUGUUUAUGCUAUUGACAUCUUGGGAUUUGGAAGGUCUUCAAGACCAACAUUCAGCCAAGAUAACAUGGAAGCUGAAAUACAACUAGUUGAUUCUAUUGAAGAAUGGAGAAAAGAAGUAAAUUUGGAUAAGUUUAUAUUAUUAGGCCACAGUUUUGGAGGGUAUUUAGCUACAAGUUAUACAUUAAGACAUCCUGAGCAUGUUAAACAUCUAAUACUGGCAGAUCCUUGGGGCUUUAAUACCAAACCACCAGAUUUUAAUCCUCCAUUGUGGCUGAAGACAAUUGGAUUUUUCCUUUAUCCUUUCACAUAUUUAAAUCCUUUAGCUACCGUAAGAGCAGUGGGACCCUUUGGUCCUUGGUUGAUUAAAAAAAUGAGAUCCGACAUAUCAGAAAAAUAUGCAACCACAUUUGAAGAUAAAAACAUCAUUCUAGAGUACAUUUAUCAGUGUAAUUCGCAAAAGCCAAGCGGUGAGACGGCUUUUCAUAGCAUGAUGAAAGGUUUUGGGUGGGCCAAAAAUCCAAUGGUAAACAGAGUAAAGGAUUUAAAUAAAACAAUACCCAUGACAAUUAUUUAUGGCGCCAAUUCUUGGAUCAGUAAGGAGUCUGGUGUUAAAAUCAUGGAGGACAGACCAGAUUCACUAGUGGAAAUAAAAGUUGUUCCACAAGCUGGUCACCAUUUGUAUGUAGACGAACCAGAAACUUUUAACUUCAUGGUUGUGGAAACUUGUUUAAAAUGCGAUGGAGAGGAUUAUGUUCACAAAGAAAAAAGAAAUAAUGGUAAAGAAACAGAUGAUAAUGAAAAUUUUAACCUAGAGACCGCUGCAAAUUGACUAUUUUAUAUGGGAAUGUUCAGUAUUUUAAGUCAUAGUUCUAU